CGGCUUCCUCAACCCAGCUCAGCUCUCAACCCUCGACCCACGACCGGGAGAAUUGACGUGCCGCCGCCUUGUGUUUCGCCGGCGACCUCGGCUCGUCCGCGCUCCGUCUCCGUCUCCCGCUCCAAGAUUUACUUGUGGUGGCAGCGGGAGCUCAGCUGAGGAGAGGGGGAAGGAAGAUACAUGAUGGAUCCUUCUGAAAUUCCCCAAAGGGUCGGUCCCGGGAAGGAAUCAUGUCCGAAUCCCGAGACGGAGUGGCAUUCCCCAACAUCGAUAUCCAUGUCCAAGGUGCUCAACGACGACGACCUCCUCAUCGAGAUCCUACUCCGCCUUGGAUUCCCCACUACCCUUGUCUAUGCCGCCCUCGUCUGCAAGCGUUGGUGCCACCUCGCUUCUGACUGCAAGUUCCUCAGCCAUUUCCGUAAGCUCCACCCGCCCAGUCUCCUUGGCUUCUACCUCGACGACAUAAUGGCUCCGAGCAUGUCUGCACGCUUCGUCCCAGUGCUACCUCAGCCCCCAGAGCUCACUAUCGUUAGUUGUCGUGCUGCGAGCUUCAGCUUGGGCACCAGCCAGGGACAUGUCAUAAAAUGCUGGAAUGGCAGAUUGUUCACCCUGCACAGUGACAAAAGCGGAUUCACAGCUGCAGUGCACAGCCCACUGUGCCCCGAGGGAGGCAUGGUCAUUGUCCCAAAAUUCAUCCUUGAACAGAAUACUUAUGGUACAAUUAUUCCCAAAGAAGAAGGCGAUGGCUUCUCCUACAUUUUUAUGCGGGUGGUGUCUAACAACGAGACAACGCAACCUAUGGUGCUUGUAGAUAUUUUGCAAAAUGGUGAUGGUGUCUGGCGCAGGUAUCUUAGCUUGGCCACGGACCAACUCUCUCUUAUACGAUGGGAUGUCAGACAUGUGCUCAUUGAUGAUAAAAUCUACAUACCGAGCGCCCUCCACAACAUUGUUGUCUUGGAUUUGACGACUUCAAGCAUCUCCACCAUUCAACUCCCACAAGGGGUGGAGUAUGGGGAUAGACGGGUGGUGUUGCCGCACAGUGAUGGUGCUUCUGGUAUGUAUCUCAUCCAAGUCAAGGAGCUUCAAGUGUGCAUCUGGCUCCACAAGGGGAACAACUGGUUGCCUGUGGACACUAUUUGUUUGCGUGCGAUGUGUGCUACUUUGAUGAUGCCAGGUUGUGAGGUUGAGGAUGAGGACGCUCCUACUUCUAUCCGGAUAAACCAACUGUGGGUUUCUGCUGAGUUUCUAUUCCUGGAGAUGGGCCGUUGCACACUUCAUUUGGAUGUCAAGUGCAGGGCAUUACGUAAGGUGUAUGAAAAGUCUAAAAGUGAUGAAAGUUUUGGUCAUAUCCAUCCUUUUAUGAUGAUCUGGCCUCCCAAAUUUCCUGCACUCAAGGAUGAUCCUGCAAGGUUUGCGCUUCCCAUUUGAUGAUUUGUCAGUCCUCUUUAUGAGGUUACAAAGUUUUGCAAUGUGUAUCAUCCAUCACACUGUUUAGUAUAGCUGUAGAUGUGUGUAGUUAUUAUUCAUUCUUCAGGCCAUUAGAACAAUACUAGUUAAACGGCAUUACAAGCGCUUGCCAUAAGAUGAACAUAAAUCACUUGUCUACUGUGGUAAUAUUACUAUGUGCUUGUGGUAAUAAUAGAGGAACAUUGCAGUGGGCACCAGAUAUCAUGCUUCCCGGGACCUCUCCCCUCAUAAAUGAAGUCUCAUAAAAAAGCAAUUUGUGCUGGUACUUGAAGAUGACUUGUUUGGUGUUAUGGACCUCUCAUUUCGAUUACAUCAAUGUGAACGUCAUGCUUAGGUGGUUAGGGCUGAGAGAUGCCUAGCUUUGUUAUCAUCUUGACUGUUGCAUUUUUUUAUUUCGAGGCAGUUUCACAUACCCGUCAUGCAUGGAAUUUAGCUUCCUUUUUCUUGAAUACAAUCAUGGUGUAAUGUUGUACUGCCUACCUUUGAACUAUGAACCACAAGCUAUCUUCGAGAUUGUCAAUACUCAGUUUUUUUCCGAAUGUUGCUUGGCGGGUGACACAUGUUUUCUGAAUACUAGUGGAUCAUAACUUUUACGUGGGUAUGAUUGAGCUUAUCUAUGAUUUUUUAUCCAGAUAUAUAACCGAAA